GGGGUAGGUGCACCAGAAGAUCCCCUUUUCUACAAUCCAAACACAUUUUCUCACCUACCGCUACCGCUACCAAAUAUCUCUGUUGUUUUCUUCACUGUCGUGUCGUUUUCACCACCAAAUAAGUCUGUUUUUAUAAAAGAAAACAAACACAGUGUCUGUGUCUGUGACAUAUAUCUCUUUGCUCUUUCUCUCGAGGAUCAUCAUAUUCAUAUCAUGGAUUUCUUAGAGACAGUAGAUACUCAGAUUCUUGUGGGUGCAGCAGUGGCUCUUGUAGCCAUUGUUGCUGCUGCUUUCUAUAUCUUUUCCUCCAACAAACCCAAAGGCUGCUUAGAUCCUGAGAAUUUCAAGCAGUUUAAACUUGUAAAGCGCACACAAUUGAGCCAUAAUGUGGCUAAGUUCAGAUUUGAACUUCGUACACCAACUUCAGUUUUGGGUCUUCCAAUCGGACAACAUAUAAGUUGCAGGGGCAAGGAUAGCCAAGGUGAAGAAGUGAUCAAACCAUAUACUCCAACGACAUUGGAUUCUGAUGUUGGACAUUUUGAACUAGUUAUAAAGAUGUAUCCACAAGGAAGGAUGUCACACCAUUUUCGUGAGAUGCAGGUUGGAGAUUAUCUUGCCGUAAAGGGACCCAAGGGCCGUUUCAAGUACCAACCUGGCCAAGUUAGAGCAUUUGGCAUGAUUGCUGGAGGCUCUGGAAUUACUCCCAUGUUCCAAGUUGCUCGAGCCAUAUUAGAAAACCCCAAAGACAAGACAAAGGUGCACCUUAUUUAUGCCAAUGUUACAUAUGAGGACAUUCUUUUGAAGGAAGAACUGGAUGGUCUUGCUAGUAACUAUCCUGAUCGCUUCAAAGUCUACUAUGUCUUGAAUCAGCCUCCUGAAGAGUGGCGUGGUGGUCUUGGCUUUGUAUCAAAGGAGAUGAUUCAAACUCACUGCCCUGCACCGGCCCCUGAUAUUCGGAUUCUGAGGUGUGGUCCACCUCCCAUGAACAAGGCCAUGGCUGCACACCUCGAGGCCCUUGAGUAUACAUCUGAGAUGCAGUUCCAAUUCUGAAUUUCUUUUGCAAGGUCUUUAGCCUUGAUGAUUGCCUUUGAAUAUACAUCUGAUAUGCAAUUCCACUUCUGAAUCUCUUUUGCAAGGUCUUUAAAGUUUAACCUUGAUUUGGACUGGCUUUUAUUACUUUCAAGUAUUGAAGAACAGACAUUAUAUCCUAGGAAUUUAAUGUCUUGUUCUAAAGUCUAAAUGGUAUUGUUAAGCAUAAUUAGAGGGACUUGUAACUUUCUUGCUUUUAACUUAAGAGAGAUAUUCAAUGAUAAUUUUUGAA